UCUCAGGCUGUCCUAGGGGAGGGGGCUCUGGGAGCUACGAGGCCCCUCCCUACCUCUCUCUGUAGCUCCCGGCAAGCUCAGAGGGGCGGGGAGAGAGAGCCAGAGGAGGAGGAGAACUCAGGCAGCUCUGCAGAGGGGGGCAGGAGCUCCGGUGUUUGGUACCCCCAGCCCCAACGCUGUGGCCGCUGCUGCAGCGGGGACACAGACACCCCCAGUUUGCUUGUGCGAGUGGCCCAGGGCCUCUCCAAGCCCCCAGCAUCCUGGAGACAGCCACACUCUCCUAAAGGCCACCCUCCCCCGCCCCGAGUCUCCGUGGGCCUGGGGCGCGGCAGGAUGGCGGCCGGCGUGGCCACGUGGCUGCCCUUCGCGAGGGCCGCUGCGGUGGGCUGGUUGCCCCUGGCCCAGCAGCCCCUGCCUCCUGCGCCCGGGGUGAAGGCGUCUCGAGGGGAUGAGGUUCUGGUGGUGAACGUGAGUGGCCGGCGCUUCGAGACCUGGAAGAACACUCUGGACCGCUACCCAGACACCCUGCUAGGCAGUUCGGAGAAGGAAUUCUUCUAUGACGCGGACUCGGGCGAGUACUUCUUCGAUCGCGACCCCGACAUGUUCCGGCACGUGCUGAACUUCUACCGCACGGGCCGCCUGCACUGCCCGCGGCAGGAGUGCAUCCAGGCCUUCGACGAAGAGCUGGCUUUCUACGGUCUGGUGCCGGAGCUCGUGGGCGACUGCUGCCUCGAAGAGUACCGGGACCGCAAGAAGGAGAACGCCGAGCGCCUGGCGGAGGACGAGGAGGCGGAGCAGGCGGGCGAUGGCCCUGCCCUGCCUGCCGGCAGCUCCUUGCGGCAGCGGCUCUGGCGGGCCUUCGAGAACCCGCACACGAGCACGGCGGCCCUCGUCUUCUACUACGUGACAGGCUUCUUCAUCGCUGUGUCGGUCAUUGCCAACGUGGUGGAGACCAUCCCGUGCCGCGGCCCCACGCGGCGGCCCCCGAGGGAGCAGCCCUGCGGCGACCGCUUCCCCCUAGCCUUUUUCUGCAUGGACACGGCUUGCGUGCUCAUAUUCACGGGCGAGUACCUCCUGCGGCUCUUCGCCGCCCCCAGCCGGUGCCGCUUCCUGCGGAGUGUGAUGAGCCUUAUCGACGUGGUGGCCAUCCUGCCCUACUACAUCGGGCUUUUCGUGCCCAAGAACGAGGAUGUCUCGGGCGCCUUUGUCACCCUGCGUGUAUUCCGGGUGUUCCGCAUCUUCAAGUUCUCCAGGCACUCGCAGGGCUUGCGGAUUCUGGGCUACACACUCAAGAGCUGUGCCUCUGAGCUGGGCUUUCUCCUCUUUUCCCUUACCAUGGCUAUCAUCAUCUUCGCCACGGUCAUGUUUUAUGCUGAGAAGGGCACAAACAAGACCAACUUCACUAGCAUCCCUGCGGCCUUCUGGUAUACCAUUGUCACCAUGACCACCCUCGGCUAUGGAGACAUGGUGCCCAGCACCAUUGCUGGCAAGAUUUUCGGAUCCAUCUGCUCCCUCAGCGGUGUCCUGGUCAUUGCGCUCCCUGUGCCGGUCAUUGUGUCCAACUUCAGCCGCAUCUACCACCAGAACCAGCGUGCUGACAAGCGCCGAGCACAGCAGAAGGUGCGCUUGGCAAGGAUCCGGUUGGCAAAGAGUGGUACCACCAAUGCCUUCCUACAGUACAAGCAGAACGGAGGCCUUGAGGACAGCAGCAGUGGGGAGGAACAGGCGUUGUGUGUCCGGAACCGUUCUGCUUUCGAGCAACAACAUCACCACCUCCUUCACUGUCUAGAGAAGACAACGUGCCAUGAGUUCACAGAUGAGCUAACCUUCAGUGAGGCUCUGGGUGCUGUCUCACUGGGGGGGCCGACCAGCCGCAGCACCUCCGUGUCCUCCCAGGCAGUGGGGCCUGGCAGCCUGCUGUCCUCCUGCUGUCCCCGCAGGGCCAAGCGCCGUGCCAUUCGCCUUGCCAACUCCACGGCCUCAGUCAGUCGUGGCAGCAUGCAGGAGCUGGACACAUUGGCAGGGCUGCGGAGAAGCCCUGCCCCUCAGAGCCGCUCAAGCCUCAAUGCCAAGCCCCACGACAGCCUCGACCUGAACUGCGACAGCCGGGACUUCGUGGCUGCCAUCAUCAGUAUCCCUACCCCUCCUGCCAACACCCCAGAUGAGAGCCAACCUUCCUCCCCUGGUGGUGGCGGUGGGGCCAGCAGCACCCUCAGGAACUCCAGCCUGGGCACCCCUUGCCUCCUCCCGGAGACUGUCAAGAUCUCUUCCCUAACUCUGUGUCUGCUCUCAGGCUGAAAUCUGGCAUCAUCUCAGGUUCCCUGUCCCCAGCACUGUCCCCGUGGAGCUGGUGGCUGACAAAGAUGUAGUUUCCAUCAGUCAAUAAAACCUGAGAGGAGAGAUGAGGAUGA